AUGCUUCAAAUCAUUGACCUGUCUUCAAAUGAUUUCGGCGGCAUGCUGCCUGCAAGUCUCCUCGCAUCUUGGGAGGCUAUGAAGGCCAAUGUAGACUUCAAUCACCUGGAAUAUGAGUUCCUCCCACUGAGUGGAUUCAAUUGUCAAGAUACGAUGAGUGUAACCUUGAAAGGUCUACGGAUAGAACUUGUCAAGAUUCUGACUAUUUUCACAUCGAUCGACUUCUCAGGCAAUAGAUUGGAGGGUCCAAUACCAGACACAUUUGGGGAUCUCGAAGCACUUUAUUUCCUAAACCUAUCGCAUAAUGCCAUCUCGGGUUCAAUUCCUCCUGUUUUGGAGAAUCUGCAUCAGCUCGAGUUGUUGGACCUGUCAUGA